AUGCCCUGAGAUUUUGCACUAAGGUCUCCUAUCCGAAUUGCUUCGUUUCCAAUUUUACCUUUCAUCUGGCCCACAGUGUCUAUGGUCAAAUACUUAUUUCCUCUCUUCAGCGUUAAGGAAUUGUCUGGGUCAAAUUUAUUAGUUCAGCUUCGGCACGAUGCACAGUUUUUUAAAUCCACCAAAAUUCAAGAGGUCCUUAAGGAAACUAGUAAAGAGAACUUUUGAGGAGGAGUUCCAAUUUCAGCAUCGAUAUAA